UGAACCUCACUUGAGCCUGCGCUACGCUCAUCGACACGUCGCGUCGCUUCCUCUGCGCUCACUUGUCAACAUUGACGCGCCCACCACGGGACGGGCUUCUAGGACAACAUGUCUCAAUACCUAGGCAAAACCCGCCUCGCGUACACUCGAACCUGGCAUCACACCAACCUCAGCACCGAAACCCGCCCACUCGGCCGCCUGGCAUCCCAAAUCGCCAUCACUCUCAUGGGAAAACACAAACCCAUCUACGACCCUUCCACCGACUGCGGCGACUACGUGGUUGCCACCGGCUGCCAUGAAUUACGCGUUACGGGCAAGAAAAUGACACAGAAAAAAUACUAUUCGCACACCACGAGGCCUGGGUCGCUGAAGGUUAUGACGAUGGAUAAAAUGAUGGCGAAAUGGGGCGGAGGGGAGAUUUUGCGGAGGGCUGUGAGGGGCAUGCUGCCGAAGAAUCGCUUAAGGGAUGUGAGAAUGCAGAGGUUGAAGUGUUUUGAAGGGCAAGAACAUCCUUAUAAGCAGAAUUUACAUCGCAUUGGCGGUGUUCCGGUCGUUGGGGGUUUGCCCGAGGUGCAGAAGGCAUUGAAGAGCGGGAAAGAGGGGAAGACGAGUGCGGCGACGACGACGACGAUUACGACUGUGGCUGCGCAAUAGGAGACUGGAGUUGAAGUGACCGGCGAUCCGGAGAUGAGGAAUCGGGUCUACUUCUUCCAGAUUCUCAUCCUUGGCGGCGAAGAUGGUUAUCAUGAAGGCAGGCCGCACUGGUUGUGACUACGCGGAUAGAACAUCAAGACCCAAGGAUCCGUACGGUACGAUGAACGCUUGCGCAGAGUACGUGAGCCCGCCACACAGGGUCGACAAGUCGCUUCGAAGACGCAAGCCAGGAUUGAGGUCAUGCCGCCCUGGACGAGUAUACCAUACUUGUCCUGCGCUGCACUUUAUUGCCUCCAAGCAUCUUAGAGAAAAAGAGUGUGGUGCCGGCCUAUUUCGCUUUUUGGGAGACGGAGAUGAUAAGCACCCCGGUCGUGUAGCGUAUCGCAACCUGUUCAGCUCUUCUGCUCGCCCGAGGCUGACGCCACAAGACUUAUGAUGCGAUAUGGAUAGAGCAAUACAGCAGCUUUAUAUCACGGCUACCUGCAAUUCGGAAAGCAGCCAGUCUGGCAGAAUCCUUUUGAGUGUGGUUACAUUCUCCUGUAUUACAUUCACUACAGAGCCGAAGCAGGAGGGCACGAAUCACUUGGACGGUGCAGGAAAGCGCCAUAGUGUGCCGACGGCCGAGCAGAGCUGCCACUAGGUAGACUGUCAUCAGCAUCAGCAUUAUCUUUCUGCCUUGUGUUAUCUGUCGCCGCGUCAAAGGUUCU